UUAUUUUUAUGAUCGCCAGGUCGGACUAAACUAUCGCGAGAUGUCCCCUGGAUGUGACGUCACUCAGCGCCACGUCACCACACGGAAGAGUCGCCCUGCCUGUUUGCACUGAGCGAUAACAGCUUUCUCACAAAAUGGGUGGUUUCUUUUCCAGUCUAUUCUCCGGCCUCUUCGGCACCAGGGAAAUGAGGAUUCUGAUUUUGGGUCUUGACGGCGCAGGAAAAACAACCAUCUUGUAUCGGUUGCAGGUCGGCGAGGUCGUCACCACAAUUCCCACGAUCGGCUUCAAUGUGGAAACGGUCACGUACAAAAAUCUUAAAUUCCAGGUCUGGGAUCUGGGUGGUCAGACCAGCAUCAGGCCGUACUGGAGAUGCUACUACUCCAACACAGACGCCGUCAUCUAUGUGGUGGACAGCAGCGACCGCGACAGGAUGGGCAUCUCCAAGUCGGAGCUCGUGGCCAUGUUGGAGGAGGAGGAGCUAAAAAAGGCCAUCCUGGUGGUCUUCGCCAACAAGCAGGACAUGGACCUGGCCAUGACUCCCGCAGAGGUGGCCAAUGCUCUGGGACUUCCUGCCUUGAAAGACCGUAAAUGGCAGAUCUUCAAGACCUCGGCCACCAAGGGGACUGGCCUCGACGAAGCCAUGGAGUGGCUGGUGGAGUCUCUGAAGAGCCGACAGUGAGGCUCAGCCCCCUUUCUUUCUGUACAUACUCCCCCCUCUCGCCCCUGCCAUGUUCUGGACCAGUGAUUGCACUCCUUGCCUGCCUUCUAGCCAGGACUGACCAGUGACAGCUGUCGGAAAACUCUGGAGUCGGGUGAUUCCGCAAUGCGUUUGUCAUGUGACUGUUCUAUGGAAUAUGGUGCCUCUUGAGAUUUUCCAGAAGUUGAAGAUGGAACCAGGAGAAAAGAUGAAUAAAAGUCUGAAUUUCUGAUUUUGUUUUUCUUCAGUUUGAAAAUACCCUCUCUACAGUUGUAAACCCCUCACUUGAGAACAGAAUCACCUCACUUUUGAUGCCAACCACUCUGACAAUUCUCUCUCCCAGAAACUGGACAUUUACAAAAAGAAUUAAGUCAGUAAAACGGCAUUUAUCAGGUCAUCCCACCGGUGAUGCCAAAUCCCGUGAAAAAUCAGCAUCUAUGUUUUGUAUGAGAAACACAACCAACAUAAUCAAGUGUGUUGAGAUCUGUCGUGGCUCAACACGUCUUAACAAAUGAUUUCGAUGUUUUCUGUUAGCAUAUCUGGAUUGGCAUCAUCACGUAUUGUACAGACAGGUGUGUGAAUCACAAGUGUGGCAAAAGAGUUUUUUCCUUCAGUCUGCUAAGUUUUGUACUGUUGUUACGACGCUGGAUCGACGGCUUCGUUAGUUUUCCUGGUGUUGAUUUACGUUGCGGCUGAUCAUUUUGAUGUUGAACGAUUUUUCUAUCGUGCAGCUGCUUUGGUGAGACAACAUGAAGUGUUCUGGUGAAUAUUUAUAUCAGCGUGUACAGUCCAAUAAAGGCCAUCUGUGAU